AUGGAGCGGUUCCAGCGCUACGGUAUCAUCCUUAUCAUCCUCAUCGGCGUACUAUGUGCCCAACCAAAGGCCAAUCAUUUGUUCCCGGCAAAGGGAAGCAAUGCCACAGACCUUAGCAGUCGACUAGUUAGUCAAAUAGUUUUCAAUUCUACACUCAAUCAUCUAGCGGUAGACAGAAGCACAGGGAAUGUCUAUAUAGGAGCACUAAAUAAGCUGUAUCAAAUAACGAACGAUCUAAACAUCGUGACAGCCGUAACGACGGGUCCUCAAAAUGAUUCGUACCAGUGUACGAUCCUUGAGUGUCCGGGCGAUGCCGUAAAGAAGCCGAUGGACAACGUCAACAAGGUGCUGCUAAUCGACCAGAAUGCGAAAAAUCUGAUCGUGUGCGGUUCGCUGUUCCAGGGAAUCUGUCACAUCCGUAACCUGCACAACAUCAGCACCGUCGAGCACGAGGUGUUGGAAGCAGUCGUCGCAAACACGGCCAACGCGAGCACGGUCGCGUUCAUCGCGCCCGGCCCACCGCUGGCGUCGCCGGAGAACAAUGUCCUGUAUGUGGCGGUCACGUUCACGAACAAUUCGCCCUACCGUAGCGAAAUACCGGCAGUGUCCUCACGCAGUUUGGCGCGGGAUCGAUUGUUUCAGUUGGCGGCCAGCGCCGUCACGACUGGCACCCGGCUGUUCGUUAACAAUUAUGCGCGCGAGACGUACAUUAUCAAUUACGUGUAUGGGUUUAGCUCGGAUCGGUUCUCCUACUUCCUAACGACUCAGUACAAAAGCAGUUCCCAUUACGCCUCGAAGGAACGUAUCACCAAGCUGGUGCGUAUAUGCCAGGACGACUCGCACUACCAUUCGUACACCGAGAUCCCGGUGGACUGCACCAGCAAGGACGGGACGAAGUUCAAAAUCGUAAGCGCAGCGUACGUUGGUAAGCCGGGCCACGAGCUCGCCCAAAGCCUCGAGAUCACGACGAGCGACGAUGUACUGUUCGCCGUGUUCGAAGCAACGUCCGCCAACCGGUCUGCUCUGUGUGUGUACUCGCUGAAAGCGGUGCGUAAGAAGUUCAUGCACAACAUCAAGAAAUGCUACAAUGGAGAGGGACUGCGUGGAUUGGAUUACAUCUCGCAGAACAUGCCGUGCAUUGCGACCAAGCUGCAGACGAUCGGGGAGGACUUUUGCGGCCUGGACGUCAACUCUCCGCUCGGUGGCGAGCAGGCGGUUGCCUCGCUCGCAGUGGUACUGUCCGAAGAGCGUAUGACUUCGGUGGCGGUAACGGCCACUUCCAACUUCACCGUCGUGUUUAUCGGUACCGAGACGGGGCAGCUGAAAAAGAUUGUCAUGGAGUCGUCCACGUCGGCGAUGCAGUACGCGACGAUGAACGUUGACGUCGGCUCGCCGAUCCAGCCCGACAUGCAUCUCGAUCCGGAAAACGAUGACCUCUACCUGAUGUCGCGCUACAAACUGUUCAAGAUUCGCAUCUAUGACUGCUCCAUCUACAGCACGUGCAUUUCCUGCCUUUCGGCUAAGGAUCCCUUCUGCGGGUGGUGUUCGCUCGAGAAUAAGUGCAGCCGGAAGUAUGAGUGCCAGAACAAUUCGAAGGACCCACUGUCAUGGCUGAGCUACAAGUCUGGCAAAUGUACCACGAUCACGAGCGUCACGCCGCACCAGCUACAGCGUACUACUGCCCGCACCCUCGAGCUUAUCAUUGAAAAUUUACCCAACCUCAAGGAACCGCUUGUUUGUGCGUUCACCUUUGCCAACAUGGAGAAACCGAUCAUCACGAACGCAACGAAGAAGCGCAACGGUGUGAACUGCACUACGCCUCGGACUGAUUUGCUGCCACAGAUUGGAUAUGGCGAGAAUCAUUUCAAUGCGACACUGUCGAUUAAAACAUCCCAAGGGCCAGACAUAGUGUCUACCACGUUCACGUUCUUUGAUUGCAGUACGCACUUGUCCUGCACACAGUGCGUUUCGUCCAAGUUCCCGUGCGAUUGGUGCGUGGAGGCGCACCGUUGCACCCACGAUACGGCGGAGAACUGCCGUAACGACAUCCUGGUGACUGGUAUCAGCCGCAUCGGCCCGAGCUAUCGGUCCGGUCCCGGCUUCUGCCCGACGAUCAACGUGACGGGCGAUGGGUCAGAGAUUCUGGUACCGGCUGGUUCCAAGAAAUCGGUCAAGGUGAAGGUGCACAUCAUUGGUCAGUUUAUCGUGCAGACACGCUUCGUGUGUCAAUUCAACGUCGAGGGUCGGGUGACGAGCGUUAACGCGCAGUUGCUCGGCGACACGAUCUACUGUGAUGCGAUGGAGUUCACGUACUCGGCGAAAACGUCCAAGCUGAAUGCAACCUUUGCCGUCAUCUGGGGUGGCUCGAAACCUCUAGACAAUCCGAAUAACAUUCACGUCGUUAUAUACCGGUGUCGAGACAUGUCGGACAGUUGCGGCGUGUGCCUGGCGCUGGAUGAGAAGUACAAGUGUGGCUGGUGCUCGUCAUCGAACACCUGUGAGGUCGAGGACCAGUGCGGUAUCUCGGGCAAGGUGGAGGGCCAAAACAAGACCGACUGGUUGAACAAUCAACAGACUUGCCCCAAUCCGGAGAUCCACUCGUUCGACCCGAAAACGGGCCCGUGGGAGGGCGGCACCAACAUUACCAUCCGUGGUAUCAAUCUGGGCAAGAAGUUCGAGGACGUGUACGGUGGUAUCAAGAUCGCUGGCAUCGACUGCAUGCCGUUCCGGGAGUUGUACGUGCAGACAAAAGAAAUCGUAUGCAGUGUCGAUGGACCGGGCGUAAAGUCACAUCGGUCGGGGCGCGUCGUGGUGCAGAUCUCGGACUUCCGCGGGGAAUCGGCGAACGAUUUCGAGUUCGUGGACCCCGAAAUCAAAAACUUCGAACCGAAGCACGGCCCAAUCGCGGGUGGUACAACGAUCAAGAUUGUUGGUAAGUACCUCAACACCGGCAGCCGUGUACGCGCUUUCCUCGAUCAGCACGCGUGCGAGAUACUGAGUACCAACGACCGGGAGGCCACCUGCCGCACCACUGCCGUACCGAGUCAGAUGCAUGGUAAACUGAAGAUGGUCUUCGACAACGGUGUACGGGAGCUGAAUGGCGAUCUGUUUGAGUACGUGCCGAACCCGUGGAUCGAUUAUGUGACGUCGGGACACGAAAGUAAAACGGCGAAAGGAAUUCCUGCCGGCGGCAUCAAGAUGGCCGUGCAUGGCAAAAACUUCGGCUCCAUCCAGCGGCCCCAGAUUUACGUUUACUACAAUGGGCAGAUCUCGUUGAACGAGUGCAACACAAUCAACCCGCAGCUGAUGGAAUGCUUUUCACCAAAGAUCGAUAUCCAGGACGAUCCGUUCAAGAGCUCGGACGAGCCGCUCAAACUAGAGUACGGCUUCAUCAUGAACGAUGUGAUGGCCGUGCGUAACCUGUCCGCACAGUGGGGUAGCUUCUUCGAGCUUUACCCUAACCCGACGUAUCAGCAGUUCGACGAGGUGAAGCACUUCAACAGCGACUACCUCACGAUCAACGGUCGCAACAUGGAUCGCGCCUGCAAAGAGAGCGACGUGGUGGUGAAGAUUGGAGACAACGCGGUAUGCAACAUAACGUCACUUUCGCGUCAGCAGCUCACGUGCCGCCCACCCAUGGACCCGGACACGAAGAAGGUGCACGUCAAGGUGAUCGUCGGCAACUCGCUCCAGUUCGAUAUAGGCUACAUGGUGUACUCGUCGGCCGGCAUCUUACCGAGCUUCAACAGUAAGGCAGUCAUCUUUACCGUGAUCGUAGCGAUCGCACUGUUCUUCAUCGUGAUCGUUGCGUUGGUCGUGGCGUAUCGUAAGAAAACGAGUGAAAACAAUCGUGUGCUGAAGAACAUGCAAGAGCAGAUGGACAUACUCGAGCUACGGGUUGCCGCCGAGUGCAAGGAAGCAUUUGCGGAACUGCAGACGGAGAUGACUGACCUCGGCGGUGACAUCACGUCCGGCGGCAUACCGUACCUGGUGUAUCGCUCGUACGCGAUGAAGAUCCUUUUCCCGAACCACGACGAUCAUGUGGUGCUGCAGUGGGAGAAGCCAGAGCUGCUGCGCAAGGAAAAGGGCCUCCGCCUGUUCGGCCAGCUGGUGAUGAACAAAACGUUUCUGCUGUUGUUCAUUCGUACGCUCGAGAGCAAUCGUUACUUUUCGAUGCGCGAGCGCGUGAAUGUGGCCUCACUGAUCAUGGUUACGCUGCAAAGCAAGCUGGAGUACUGUACCGACAUCCUAAAGACGCUGCUGGCCGAGCUGAUCGAGAAGUGCAUCGACGGAAAGUCACACCCGAAGCUGCUGCUGCGCCGCACGGAAUCGGUGGCGGAGAAAAUGCUGUCUGCCUGGUUCACCUUUCUGCUGUACAAGUUUCUGAAGGAGUGUGCCGGUGAGCCACUGUACAUGCUGUUCCGCGCGGUCAAGGGCCAGAUCGACAAGGGCCCGGUCGAUGCGAUCACACACGAGGCCCGGUACUCGCUGAGCGAAGAGAAGCUCAUUCGGCAGAUGAUCGAGUUUAAGGUGAUCACGGUGUACGCCAGCAUCACACAGCCGCCGAUCCUGUGCAAUAAUAUCGAAAUGAUUCCCACCAACACUGAAAACAUUCCAGUCAAGGUGCUCGACUGCGACAGUAUCGGGCAGGUGAAGGAGAAGUGUCUCGAUACGAUUUAUAAAGCGAUCCCCUGGAGCCAGCGGCCACGCAAAGAGGAUCUCGAUCUCGAGUGGCGCACCGGUAGCGCUGGUCGACUGAUUCUGUACGACGAGGACUCGACCUCGAAGACGGACGGUGAGUGGAAGAAGCUGAACACACUGCACCACUACCGAGUCAGCGAGGGCGCCUGCCUCAGCCUCGUACCGAAGGAAAGCUCGAUCUACAAUAUCACGCUGCUGGGCGAGAAAUACUCGGAGAAGAUACAUAAGUACGAAACAUUAAACAUAUCGAAGUUCGUCUCACCGUCGCCUCCGUUCAGUCGCGCCGGCAGCCCGAUGAACGUGGAUUUACAAGAAAACAGCCUAAAGUAUUGGCACCUGGUGAAACACCACGACAGCGAUGGCUCGAAGGAAGGUGAACGCGUUAAUAAGAUGGUUUCGGAGAUUUACCUUACUCGACUGUUAGCCACUAAGGGUACGCUUCAGAAAUUUGUCGACGACCUGUUCGAAACCAUCUUCAGCACCGCACACCGUGGCUCCGCACUGCCACUAGCAAUAAAGUACAUGUUUGAUUUCCUAGACGAUCAAGCGCUUUUACAUGGUAUUACCGAUCCGGAGGUUGUGCACACCUGGAAGAGUAACAGUUUGCCGUUACGCUUCUGGGUGAAUCUCAUAAAGAAUCCUAACUUCGUUUUUGAUAUUCACAAGUCCAAUAUCGUGGACUCUUGCCUUUCGGUUGUGGCUCAAACGUUCAUGGACUCGUGUUCAACGUCCGAUCACCGACUAGGGAAAGAUUCUCCGAGCUCAAAGCUGCUGUACGCUAAGGACAUUCCCUCGUAUCGGGAAUGGGUCGAGCGAUACUAUAACGACAUCAGAGAAAUGCCCGCCAUCUCGGAUCAAGACAUGAACGCGAUGCUGGCCGAAGAGUCUAGGUUGCAUACGACCGAAUUUAAUACCAACUGCGCCCUACACGAGCUUUAUCAGUACGCAGUCAAAUACAACGAGCAACUGACAGUCACGCUGGAGGAGGAUGAGUUUUCGCAGAAGCAGCGUCUGGCAUUCAAGCUGGAGCAGGUGCACAGUAUCAUGUCCGCGGAGUGAGAGAAUAAGAUUGCAUAUAAUUGAUGAU